CCAGAUUGUUUCUAGUCUGCAGCAGAAAUGUCUGACUCGGUUUUCAUUGCUGUAGAUUUUGGCACAGCGUUCUCUGGAUACUGCUUUAAGAUUGCAGUGUCAGAACAGGUUCGGCAGCCGAAAUGGGGUAAAGAAUACGGUCUUGAAACCCCCAAAACUCCUACCUGCAUUUUAUUUGAUGAAAAUGAAAAGUUCUUAGAGUUCGGUUAUGAUGCUGUAAUGACUUACAACAGGCACACCAAGAAAGACGAGGCAAAGAAGCUCUACCUCUUUGACAACUUCAAAAUGGAGCUUUAUGGAAAGGCUGAGGAGCGGACGUUCUCAAUAGAUCUGGAUCGGAACUGUUUCCUCAAAGAUGGAAAACCCUUCCAGUACAUCUCCGGCAGCAUCCAUUACUCCAGAGUCCCACGCAGCUACUGGAAGGACCGACUCACCAAGAUGUACAUGAGUGGACUGAACGCCAUCCAGGUGUACAUUCCCUGGAAUUUCCACGAGUCAGAGCAGGGUGUGUUUGAGUUUGAGGGGCAGAAGGAUGUGGAGUAUUUCCUCAAUCUGGCCAAUCAGACGGGGCUGCUGGUCAUCCUGCGGCCAGGACCCUAUAUAUGCGCCGAGUGGGAGAUGGGCGGGCUGCCUGCCUGGCUGCUCCACAACCCCAACAUUAUCCUCCGCUCUGCAGAUUCAGAUUACCUGCAGGCUGUCAGUGACUGGAUGGCCGUUUUGCUUACAAAAAUGCGUCCGUGGCUUUACCAGAACGGAGGGAACAUCAUCAGCGUACAGGUGGAGAAUGAGUAUGGUAGUUAUUUUGCGUGUGAUUAUAAUUACCUGCGUCACCUGCGCACGCUCUUCCGCUUCUUCCUGGGCGAGGACGUCUUCCUCUUCACCACGGAUGGAAACACGGAUAAAGAGCUGAUCUGCGGAACUCUGGAGGGACUUUACGCCACCAUCGACUUCGGCACAGACACCAAUAUAACCACUGCAUUCAAGCGGCAGAGGAGAUUCGAACCCAAAGGACCACUGGUAAACUCUGAGUUUUAUACUGGCUGGUUGGACCACUGGGGUGAUAAACAUGCUUCAGUAGAGACGCAGAAGGUCAGCAGGAUGCUGGAGGACAUGCUGAGCAUGGGGGCCAGCGUCAACAUGUACAUGUUUGAAGGUGGAACAAACUUUGGGUACUGGAACGGUGCUGAUCUGGACAGUCGGUUUCGCUCUGUGGUGACCAGCUACGAUUACAACGCUCCUCUGUCAGAAGCUGGAGACCCAACAGACAAACUGCUGGCCAUCAGAGACGUUAUUAAGAACUUCCGGGAUAUCCCGUCUGGGCCGAUGCCCCCAGCCUCCCCUAAGUUUUCGUACGGAUUUGUCACUCUGAAGAAGGUGGGUAAUGUUAGUGGACUUUUGGACACACUUUGUCCGCAGGGUCCGGUCCAAUCCCACCAUCCGCUCACCUUCGAGGAGAUAAAACAUUAUUACGGUUUCAUGCUGUAUCGGACUCUUCUUCCCCGGAAUAUUCCAGAUCCAACUCCUCUGAUCUCUCCAAUGAACGGCAUUCACGACCGCGCCUAUGUUUCUGUGAAUGGGGUAUAUCAGGGUGUGUUGGAGAGAGACAUUAUGUUAGUGAUGAACGUUACAGGAAGACAAGGAGAUCAGUUGGACAUCCUGGUGGAGAACAUGGGCAGGGUCAACUUCGGCAACAAGAUCAACGACUACAAGGGCCUGCUGGGUAAUCUGAUUCUGGGUAAUGACGUGCUCACUGAUUGGCUGAUAUUCCCUCUGGACCUGGAUGCAGUGAUAUCAGGCGGCUGGCCGCAGGCUGGGGGGAUAAACGUCCCUCCGAAACCCAAGACUAAGGAAGGACGAGGACCAGCGGUUUACUCAGGAACUUUAAAGACCCCUGGAGUAGCCUGGGACACCUUCCUCAAACUCACCGGCUGGACCAAGGGUCAGGUCUGGAUAAAUGGGGUCAAUCUGGGCCGAUACUGGCCAAAGCGUGGUCCCCAGCAGACCCUGUACGUUCCAGGGACCCUCCUCAGCCCCAGCCUGCCAAAUAACAUCACCAUGCUGGAGCUGGAAUCUGAACCGGACCAUCUGAGGGUGCUGUUUAUGGACCGACCGCAGCUAAACAACACCAGACCACAGUCCUGACCCCGCCCACUACCCUUAGUUGCACUUUUUAAGGUGGAAAAGUGAAUUAGAAUAAGAAUCUUAAGCUUCACUAACGGCUAUUUUGAAGAUUUGUAAAUGCUAUUAGCAUCAGUGCUAAUUGGUGGGGUAUAGGCUUAGCUACGUUAGCAUGGUAGCUUUCUGAAGCCCUUAAUGAUGACGACCAACUGAUAACUCAGGAAAUCUGUAAAUAAUCAGAUUAUUUUGAUGAGAUCAGAGCAUUGAUAAUGAUUGAUGACUGAUGAUUGUGAUUGUGUUUGGAGUUUCAGUAUUAGAAUGUGUUUAAUAAAAUGUAAUAAAAUCACAGUCCUGAAAAAAACACUGAACACAGGAAGCUGUAAAUAAUUUACACUUUUAUUAUCAACAGAUUUUUGAUUAACAGUUAAGCACUGUAGACCCUGAGGGGAAAAAUAUUAGUAUUAUUUUUUUUUUCUGAAUAUCAGAAGGCCUUACAGCAGCAUAGACAGUAUUGUUUCAAGUGUCACUUUUUAUAUAAUUAAUAAAGGACAUUUUAAGACCAUUA